UUUCCGCCCGGACACCACAACAAACGGACUGCAGCACUUUCGUUAGAGCGACGUCAGGAGUCAGAAACACCUGAUGCAGUUUCUCAGUUUUGUUUUUCUGUCAAGCACCAUGAGUUCAGACGCUGUUUUGCUAUUAGAGACCGUUAAUUUUGCCGCAGAGAAACAUCGUUAUCAGCGACGUAAAGAUCCAGACCGGACACCGUACAUUAAUCACCCCGUUGGAGUAGCAAGAAUCCUCAGCCACGAAGGAGGCGUCACUGACAUUGAGGUUUUGCAAGCUGCUCUGCUUCACGACACAGUGGAGGACACAGACACAACUCCGGCAGAGCUCGAAGCAAAGUUUGGGCCAACUGUGGCUCGUAUCGUUCAGGAGGUGACGGAUGACAAAAAUCUACCCAAACAGGAGCGGAAGCGUCUGCAGGUGGAGCACGCACCUCACUGCAGCCACCAAGCCAAACUGGUCAAACUGGCUGAUAAACUGUACAAUCUGAGGGACCUGAACCGCUGCACACCUGUCGGUUGGACACCUGAGCGGGUCCAGGAGUAUUUUGUCUGGGCCUGUGAGGUGGUGAAAGGCCUGAAAGGAACUAACUCAGCUCUGGAGGAGAAGCUGGAGGAGCUGUUCAGACAGAGAGGAGCCCAGCUCUGACAACAACACACUACAAAGCGGACUAUUUAAGUUACAAAUAAAAAAAUGUAAAAAAAUAAAGAAAUUGUGUUUCAUAUAAA